AGUCGGCUGAGAGAGGGGGAAUUGGGGGGACUAAGUUGUCCACUGGAAAGGGAAGGCGGGACGACGGCGCUGCGGGGCGGCCCAGGGUUUCCCGCCUCGUUGAGGAGGAUGCUGGUGGUGGAAGUGGCCAACGGCCGUUCCCUGGUGUGGGGGGCAGAGGCGGUGCAGGCGUUGCGGGAGCGACUGGGCGUGGGGGGCCGUACAGUGGGCGCCCUGCCCAGGGGGCCUCGCCAGAACUCGCGCUUGGGCCUCCCACUACUGCUGAUGCCGGAGGAGGCGCGGCUCCUGGCUGAGAUCGGUGCCGUGACCCUGGUCUGCGCUCCGCGGCCGGAUCCACACCAACACAGCCUGGCCCUGGAGUCCUUUAAGCGCCAGCAAGAGCAAGGCUUCCAGGAACAGAGUGCCCUCGCGGCCGAAGCCCGUGAGACCAGGCACCAGGAGCUCCUGCAGAAGAUUGCCGAGGGCCAGGCUGCCAAGAGGCAGAAGCUAGAAGAUUCAGGCACCAGUGAGAGCCAGGAGAAAGCCAGUGGGAACCAAGUUGCAGGAGAGAACGAGGCCACUGCCAACCCCACUUCUGAAGAGCCUGAGGAAGCAGGUUCCUCAUCUCUCCAAUCAGGACCUUCAAAUGGGGUGGCUCCCUUGCCCAGGUCUGCGCUGCUCGUUCAGCUGGCCACCGCUCGGCCUAGGCCCAUCAAGGCUAGGCCCCUAGACUGGCGUGUCCAGUCCCAAGACUGGCCUCAUGCUGGCCGGCCUGCCCAUGAGCUGCGCUACAGCAUCUACAGAGACCUGUGGGAACGAGGCUUCUUCCUCAGUGCUGCGGGCAAGUUUGGGGGAGAUUUCCUGGUCUAUCCUGGCGACCCACUCCGUUUCCAUGCUCACUACAUCGCUCAGUGCUGGGCUCCUGAGGACGCCAUUCCUCUACAGGACCUGGUGUCUGCCGGCCGUCUGGGAACCAGCGUCAGGAAGACACUGCUUCUCUGUUCCCCACAGCCUGAUGGUAAGGUGGUCUAUACCUCCCUGCAGUGGGCCAGCUUACAGUGAGCUCCAGAGACCUGGGAUGGGGCCGUGCCUGUGACAGGAGCCUUUUUGGAUAUUCCCGAGCUCAUCUCUGCAUGGAAGCUAGAGCACCCUGUGUUUGAUUUCAGACUUAUACUUCAUGCUUCUUAGGUUCCUCUGUUACAAAGCACUUCUUGGCUAUGUGGUUUUUGUAGUUGUUUUGAAACUGAGUUACCUGAGAAGACUGGACUUUAUUUGUGUGUUUUCUACAGGGUUUGGGUCUCAAUAAACUUGUAUAAAUGUGUAUUUGUG